AUUGGUACUUCAACGGCCAUCAUUCACUUUUUACUCCCGUCUUUUUUCAUCAAAAGCGUAUGAUUGCAGAAAUCCAGGCAUUCACUGAAUUUACUACUGCGGAAUCAUUAUGUUGUCCGUUUUCCUUAAACCCUAUACCCCGUAAUGCCAGUCAGUACCUACUAGCUUGGUGCUGCAAUUAAGAGCAGAACUGCCCACCAAACUUUCUCAUUGAUUUCCCAAAUUUUCAAUUCUUCCAUGAAAUGAAUACAUAAACUAAAAGUUAAGUUUCCUUUCUUACUCAGAAAACCGUUAUUGGAUUACAUUCUAUUUCCGGUCAAGAGUGAGACACAGCAAAAUGGCAAACUUGUUGAUUCCUUGGCUAUUUUUAGUUCAAACACUAACAGUUGUUGCCAAAUCCAGAGCUAAAGUUCCAGCAGUCAUAGUGUUUGGAGAUUCCUCCGUUGAUUCAGGUAACAACAACUUCAUUCCAACAAUUGCCAGGAGCAACUUUCCACCUUAUGGUCAAGAUUUUCCGGGAGGCCAAGCCACCGGGCGGUUCUGCAACGGCCGAAUUCCUCCUGACUUGAUCUCCGAAGCUCUAGGCCUCAAGCCAACCAUACCUGCAUACUUGGAUCCAAUGUAUAGCAUCUCAGAUUUUGCUGUAGGAGUUUGCUUUGCUUCUGCAGGGACUGGCUAUGAUAAUGCCACUUCUGAAGUUGCUGAUGUGAUUCCAUUGUGGAAGGAAGUGGAGUAUUACAAGGAGUACCAGCAGAAAUUAAAAGCCUACCUUGGAGAUAGGAAGGCAAAGAAAAUACUAAGUGAGGCUUUGUAUUUGAUUAGCUUAGGAACAAAUGACUUCAUGGAAAACUAUUAUACACUCCCAAACCGACGAUUGCAGUUUACCGUGAAGCAAUAUCAGGAUUUUAUUAUAGGACUUGCUGCCGAUUUUGUGAAGACAAUAUAUUCUUUAGGGGCAAGGAAGAUGUCCCUGACAGGGGUUCCUCCAAUGGGGUGUUUGCCACUGGAAAGAGCAACAAAUAUUAUGGAAGACCAUGCUUGUAUGGAGGAAUACAACAACGUCGGUUUGGAAUUUAAUGGCAAGUUAAAGGGUUUGGUGGCAAAGCUGAACAGGGAGCUUCCUGGUCUUGAUGUGGUAUUUGCAGAUGCAUAUAACCUCUUGUUGCAAGUCAUAAAAAGGCCUUCUGUUUAUGGAUUUGAGGAAUCAAGAACUGGGUGCUGCGGCACUGGGAGGUUUGAGAUGAGUUUCCUAUGUGAUCCGCAUAGUCCAUUUACAUGCCAAGAUGCAGAUAAGUAUGUGUUUUGGGAUGCCUUUCAUCCUUCAGAGAAAACCAAUCGAAUGAUCACAGAUCAUCUACUCAAAACUUCUUUAGCAAAGUUUCUUUGAUCCUGUUUCUAAAGUGUAAUGUGCGACAUUAUGUUACUAUUCUGGGACCAUCUCCCAUAGUAAUUGAAUUUUCAUUCCACAGACUCAAGAUUUCACUAGAGGAAGUUAAUAUAUGGACUUUUAUUCAUCUUUGAAAUAUUUUACAUACAUGACCAGAAUGGGCACCCAGUUCAUCAAUAAUAUACUUCAUAGAGUACAAUGCAGGUCAUUGUACAUAAUUCAAUAGGUACCAACCAUGAAGCUUGUCAUACACGACAGGGCACUUGCUUAUACACCAACCUUAAAGACUAAUGAGUACAAGUUACAACCAACCUGGCUUCAGCAACUACCUUAUUUAUACAGCACCAUGGACAAACCUGAAAUCACGCAGCUGCCGGCUCUGCAAUUUGCCUGGCUUCAAGUGUCUUCUCGUAUUCUUCAAUGGACUUGAA